UUGCUGAAGGCGGAAGCUACGAUUACUUUACGAUUUUGUUUUCAAGAAGGAAAGGGGUAUGUAAAAGUAUAGUAGGGGUCAGUGAGUUCAGUGGUAGGGGUAAGGGUGUAUUUAGAUGCUGAUGUAACGUUACCCUCUAACGGUUACUCGUCCUCCAUUACAGUAUAAUAGUCAGAUAGCAAAAGGCCAUGGCUCUGUGCGGGGACAUAGGAGCGUUAUCCUUACCUAGCGAGCUAAUUGUCCACAUAUUUUCCUUCCUGUCGGACCGGGACAAGCUCAGGGCCUCGGCGGUAUGCUCUCGCUGGAGGGAGUGUCUCUUCUACCCCGCGCUGUGGACGGAUCUAAAGCUGCGGCUCGGUGGAAGUGUGAACGGUGGCGGCACUGGUCCUGGAGAAACCCCGAAACUUGAAUUUCUCAUGCGCAAGUUUGGAUCAUUCGUGCGUGAGCUUGAGUUGGAGUUUUCCCCUGUAGAAGGAUACCCCGGUCCAGUGCUGGAUGUAGAUCCUGACGGUCACGACACGCAGUUUCCUGACCGCUGGAAAGAUGCCAUGGGCUGUUAUUUGGACCAAGUUUUAUGCGUACUGAGAAGUCUGCGAAAUAACAGAAACCUCCAGAAGCUGAGCCUUUAUGGAGCCACUUGUAUUCUCCAGGAGGAGGGGAUUUUGGGGAGCUUGUACUCCCUGGACGAGGACAACCAAGGCAGCAAGAAAAUAAAAGAGAUCCAGCAGCUCUUUGAGCAGGUCCUGGCCAGCGGCAGGCAGUUGAAGUGGCUGGGAUGUGCCUUCAUGCUGGGUAUGGUUAAGUCCCGCUCGCUCCUGUCACUGUCCAACCUCAGCGCCGCGUCUCUGGAGCACCUGAGCCUCCUUGACGGCCAUGCCCUGCCUCCACUGGAGGGCCAGACCCCACCCCCGUCUGACGACCGGACCCCGCCCCUGCUCUGCCCCCCAGAGCUGGAGAGGCUGCCGAACCUUCGCUCCCUGGUGCUCGACUUCCGCCACUUCUCCUCGGCCAUGUGUCAAGCCCUGUCAGACGGUGGCCGCGCCCCCCUCCUCCGACUCUCCCUGCUGCUGGGCGGGACAGCCCCGCCCGAGGCUCCGCCCACCGAGGAGGACUGGCAGGCGCUGGUGCGGCAGAGCGUGGGCCUCAGGGUGUACCUGAUGGCGCUGGACGGGCGCAGCGAGGACCUGCUGAGGGUGCUGAAGCCCAGCCUGCCGCUGGAGCAGCUCCACUUUGACAGCUAUGCGGCCUGCUCUGCGGGGGCCCUGGAGCUGGUCUCCCAGCAGUACCACAAGACCCUCACACACUUCAGCCUGGUCCGCGACAACGCCCGAUUCCCCGACCUCAGUGACAACCGCAACGAGGACCCACUGGUGCUGCUGGCCUGGCGCUGCACGCGCCUCUCUCUGCUCCUGCUCCACGGCUACACGGUGUGGGCGCACAACCUCAUCGCCAUCGCGCGCCUGCGCGGCUCCAGCCUGAAGGUGCUCGCGGUUCCGGAGGAGAGCAUCCACUUUGACCCCGACCAGGUGCAAGUCCUGGAAGAGGAACCACUGCACCACCUGAUCAAGGAGGUGUCCCUAGGACUGGGCCGUGCAUGGAGCCCCGCCCUGGACUCCGCCCUCCUCCUCAACGACCCCACCCAGCACUUCUACAGGGAGGCGCAGAGCUUUAGCGUGGCUGUGUAGACCAUACCCCUGCCUGCCGUGCCCUGUGACAUAACAGAUCUGUCCUUGUAUGACUAUUACACAUAUUUUUGUUUUGAAGUUCUAUUGUUCAUUUUCCUGUAGUGUGAACGAACCCUUUAUUUGUGUUGUGUUGCUCAAUAUUAGCUCGGUCUUAAUACGUGCCAUUAGAUUGUAUUGGUCUGGCAGACUGGAAAGGAGGUUGGCUCUGUAGCUAACGUUAGCGGGCUGUGAGUUCCGGGACAGCUUUUUCCACAGCCUGCUGUCAGCACUCGCCGUGCAAAGGGUGGGUUUAUUUUGCACAGUUUGCUUUCCUGUCGCUCACAGAUCAGCGCAAAUUAGCUGCAAAUUCGUUUGCCGUUUGUCUGCUGUAUCUGUGUCCUUCUCUGCGUGCUUGAUUUACGAGGCUGUGAACGUUUUUGGCCUGCAUCUGGGGGCCUGGGAGAGCAAAACCCUUCCUUUUGCCUUCGGACCACCCCCCCCACCACCAGGCCUUGUUUGUUGAGCAGGUCUGUCCUCUCCAUAAAGCUGGAGUAUGGAGGAUCCCUCUGAAGAGCCUUCAGAUGAUGAUGGUGAUGAUGAAGUUGAUGACGAUGAUCAAAAGGACCAGUCAAGGGGUUUCGUAUAUUAGUACUGAGUGGCCUUGAGUGCCUCCAUGUUUCUAAAGACUGCACCGAAUCACAUGCCAGACGGGAGAAUGAGGGAGACGGGCAUUUACUUAUAUUUUGAUCUAUUUCUCAGGAAGCUUUCUUGUGGCGUUGCUAUGGUGAAGGCUUGAUGUUUUGUCUUUUGUUUUGCUCUACAUUUUCCCCUCUGCAGUCUAGUGAUGAGAGUUUCUGCAUCUUAGACAUUCAAGUGAUAAAAUCUGUCCUAUGUAUAUGAGGCUAAAGGAAGUGAGGUUGGUGCUUUAGUAGUAUCAGGUAUUGGUAUCAAAUGUGAAUUUAGCUGUCUGUGCUAAGGCAAACGCGCACGUUGCCUGCGUUCAGCCAAAUGUGAUACUUGCGUUAGGGUGAAUACAAUGUUAGUUGUCUGUGUUAGGGUAUGUGAUGUGACCUAUCUGCGUUAGAGUGAAUGUCAUUCAAGCUGUCUGUGUUGGGUUACGUCUGAACUUUGUGAUCUCUGUUAGGUCAAAUAGGAUGCUAGCUGCUGUUACGGUGAUGGAGAUUCUAUUUUGCUGGAUAAGGGAAAAUGUGUUCCCAGUUACCUGUGUCAAAUGUCCUACAGUGACAGAGCAGGUUGGCCAUGAUGUCAGGUCAGACCAUGUUCUGCUGAGUCGCGCAGUUCCCACCUCUGAGGGCACCGGUGGUGAGAAACCUGUGCACUCUGUGGUUCCAUUAAACCUUUACCGAACAAACCAAAGAAUUUCAGUAGGCUGUUUCAAACCGAAAGUCGAAGUGACAAUUGCAGGAAAAAAAAAAAAAAGUGCUAACGUGUUGGUGUCAGAUUCUCGUUUUUGCCUUUUCAGUUGGACCCUCUAAGCAGUUCAAGUGGCUUCAGCUGUGAGUCAAAGAUUGGUCCAACAGUUUGAUUUGCGCUGUUUGUCACUACAAGAGCCGUUCUGCAUUACUGAUGAAGAUAGGUAAAGAACAGUUCUGCAUUUGUGAUAAAGGAAUGGUCAGAGAAUCUUGGGUGGAAAGUACGUUUAUAAUGCCUGCUUUUCUGUAUAUACUCCAGUUUAUUUGUAACUUGCCCAAAAUCUUGUCAUAUCUGUAGGAUUGGGUAUGGCAUACUUGUGCUGACCAGUUAAUGGGGAAGAUUUGACUAUUCCACUUCCACUGUCACAGUCCGUUAUCAUUCAUGUGGUGCCUGGACCCAGGUGGCAUGUUACACCUGCGUUGUCCAAUCUUAUUUCCACCAGCUGUUUAGUGUGGUGGUAAAGCUGUUGUUCACUUUAGCAUUGGAGUAUUGAAGUGUUUAUUUUUAUUUUUGUAAGGUUGUAUACAUUGGGGUGGCCAUUGGCGUGUUAUGAAAGAGAGUUUACCACUUUCUCACCAGUUAUCCAAUAGGAUACAGCCUUUCUCAGGGUUUCUCUUAGGCUUGGGGCAGAGUCUACUGGUUUGUGGGGUGGUUCUCAGCCACUCUGGGCAGAGCUUACUCGCUCAGGCCUGGAAUGUGAAAGUUUUUUGCAGAAUUAAAAGCGCCUCCACUGGAAUUUUACUUUUAUCUGCGUCACUGUCAGUUGCCAAAGAUCCUGGGAAUGUUAUCCUGUCCAAGUGCCCGUGUGUUGGCAAGGGGUUGAACCAAGGCAUACCACUACUUCUAGACUUACAAAAAACCUGUGUGGCUUGGUCAACGAUGAUGCGACUCUGGUGGCCAUGCAUUUUUGUUUCACUAUGAAGGGUGAAUGUCUCUGAAAAGGAAAAAACCACGAUUAGUUCUGUCCAACAUGUCAAUAACGAGUCCUAAAUGAACAUUCCACCAGGAGGAAAAAAGGCCAAAUGUCUGAAUUCAUAUUUUUAUUUUUUGCCCUCCAGUGGGGUCCAAAUCAGAUUGCUGAUCUGUUUAACACAUUGUUAAAUAGACCCUGUGACAGAUCCAGGAGAAUUCUCCUUCGGCCACAAGAACUUUCCAGUGUGAGGGAGGGUCUUUAUUCAUUUCCUUGAAAGAAAGGCCAGUCAUUUCUUACCGCAUGUGUUAUUUUUAAAUCUGUUUCUGGAGAGCGCUGCACGUAAUUACACGUAUUACUCUUAAUUUCUCCAGCUGUGCUGUGUUCAGUAAAAUCGGAGACCGAACGGCUGACAAAUCCGUACCAUUUCAGGAAAAAACGAGCUGAACAUGUGAUGCACCUAAUAAUAAAAACUCAUGUUUUGUUUUUAUUUUAAUUUAAGCUUGUAAAACCUAAAAGUCACUUUCAUUCCAAGUCCUCAGUGCAGACAACACUUCAGUGCUGCUGUUCCAUCGAGCGACCAGAUCGUUUUGCAAAUGAGAAACUAUGCAAGAGGAAUGCAUUCUCUUAACUUUUUUCUUUCUUUUUUUUAAUGGCACUUGCAUACAAUGAUACUUGGCCUUAUUAUUUUAAAAUCUUGAUGCUUCGGAAGUGGGCUUCAUUUCCGUGGCGACCACAGGCACAGAUCAUUGUCUCUGUGAGACUGGCUUGUGGGCCCCCGCUUGUUUUAAGUGGUAUGAAUGUUGUGCAUUUGUUUAAAAUCAGGACCGUGGCCACAAUGGGGUACUAGCAGUGCUAAGACCUGGCUGCAACUUCAGAAAAGAACACAGACACACACACACACACACACACACACA